UGGAUGCGCAUCGGGAUGAUGGUGCGGCAUCGUCAACCGCCUUCCCAUUCAUUCGGACCGGCUUCGUGUGAACGGAUCGUUCCAAGAACUCGCGUUCCGUUGUCGCGCAUACACCUUUCAUAGGCGUGAGAUGAGCAGUCGCUAGACGGCGCGGAAUCUUCUACACUUUCAACGGCUGUUGAUCUCUCCGCGUAUCGCGAGUUUCCAAGUUCAAGUGGCGUUCGGUUGUGACAAAUACAGCAACAGAAUAAAGAAUUAGCAGAGCACCAUGAUUCUGCGGAUCGCUUUUCCCACGAUCGCCGCGUUGCUAUGCCUAGUAAUCCGGACGGUUAGCGCGCAAUCCUGUUGUGAAUCGUACUGCUACAACAAUGAUCUCGAGCGCAAACAGGUGCAACACUUUGCCACUAAAACCGCUUAUGAGGUCAUCCGUGUUCCGGACACCGAUAAGCAACAUAUCGUGCCGAAUUGUCGCCCGGUUAAGUUCUGGGCCCUUAAUCGUCAUGGUACCCGACUACCAUCCAAGGGAGACGUCCUAAACUGGCCAAAGCAGUUGAAACUGCUACAGGAUGCCAUACUGGAGAACUACUUCACGCGCCGCACACUGCCGGACAAUGGACGGAUGUGUGAGGAAGAUCUGGAGUUACUGCGACGGUGGAGCUGGAACCCGAAUAUUACGGAACAGUACGAAUCGGUUCUGACGACGGCCGGGUGGGAUGAGGUGAAGUACUUUGCCCAGCGUACCAAGGAACGCUACUGGGAGAUCUUUGGCCCGACGUAUGAGCCCUCGAAAUACCACUUCCGCUACACCAAAACCCAGCGAACGGAGGCAAGCUUCAAGGCAUUCGUGGAAGGUUUGUUUGGGACGGAGGAAUCGAAACGUGUGCAACCGGAACCGGCCACCUCGCCGGAUAGGCUGUUGCGUCCCUACGAUGAUUGUGAGGACUACCAGAACAAUAAGGCACGCGAGGAACGGGACGAGAAUGGCGAGGCAAACAAGUUCCUUCGUACACCCGUUUAUACCAGUGCGGUUUGGGACAUUUCGCAGCGGUUAGGCUUCCGGCAUAAUUUGAGCAGUGAGCAGAUCGAUGCCAUGUGGGGAAUUUGCCGAUUCGAGCAGGCUUGGUUCCUCUCCAGGCCAAGCCCCUUCUGUGCCGCGUUUACGGAGGAGCAGGUCCGUGUGCUUGAGUACAGGGAGGAUCUGGAGUACUACUAUAGUAACAGUUACGGUUACGAGCACGCACCGAACCUUGCCUGUCACGUGGCGGCCGACAUGCUGAAGCAUCUUGAGCCGGUCGGCGAACCGACGGUGGUGUCGUACUUUGCGCAUGAUGCCGCCAUUCAGCUGCUGCUGGCCGCACUCGGUGCGAAGCGGGACAGUGUUCCGUUGCGGGCCGAUAACUAUGCUACGAUGCGCAACCGUCAAUAUACUUCGAGCGAUAUACCUUUCGGUUCCAACAUAGCCGCCGUCAAGUAUCAGUGCACCGAGCCACAGGAACCGGUGAAGGUGAUCUUUUUCCUCAACGAAAAGCCCAUUAUGCUUGACUGGUGCCGGGUGGGGCUCUGCAACUGGUCCGACGUGAAGCGCCAGUACCAAAGAUUCCGCGAAGGCAACUGUGACCAGUUGUACUGCCACGGAAGCGGUGCGUCCGGUAUGAGGGUUUCGUUUGCUCUGCUGCUGCUGAUCAGUGUCCAAGCGGUGUCAUGGAUACGUCGGCUUUGAGACGGCAUGGCCGAAAAUAAAGUAUUAAGCCAAUUCCACACAUAAAUAGCCACUCUAGUUCUAGAAUCAAGGGACUCAUCAAGACGGAGAGAAGCAGGCCACGACAAAAGUAUACUUUUACACAAUUUAGAUAGAACUGGUGGA